AUGCCUCCUCGACCUCCUCCACGCACUUCACCUACGCACUUUCUGUGCAUACCCCUCGUCACCGCCUCUUCCCGUCCCCAGCUGUCGAAAAGCCUGGCAUCCUUUAGAGCAGAUGUCACUAGCCCGGACAGCUUCGCCAUUCCUUCCGACGCCGUCCGACCCCUCGGCACUCUCCACCUCACCCUCGGUGUGAUGAGCUUCCCCAAAAACGAAGGCGUCGAGAAGGCCGUCGAAGUACUUGAGUCGCUGAAGCCGCGAGAGAUUCUAUCCACCGUCAAGCCCCUCUCCUCCAUCACCCCCUUGGCCGGGCCAGCCUCCUCGACCCCUGAGAAGUCUCUCUCCCUCACCCUCCGCGGUCUCCAUUCCAUCCAGCCUGUUCAGAAAGCCACGGUCCUGUACGCGCCGCCGAUCGACCCUGACGGUGUCUUUCGUGGCUUUUGCGAGAAGUUGAGGGGAGUCUUCCAAGAGGCUGAGGUGAUGGACAAGGAAGACCGGCCGUUGCUGCUGCAUGCCACCAUCGUGAACACCAUCUACGUCAAGGGCGGCAGGGGCAAGAAGGGGCCGAGGAUGACCAUCGAUGCGAGAGAUAUACUUGACCGGUACGAUGACUACGUGUGGAUGGAGGACGUGCCGGUGGAAAAGAUUGCCAUCUGUCGUAUGGGGGCCAAGCAGAUUGAGGAUAAGAAGCUGCUCCGGAUGUCCGACAAGCGCCGCCCCGGCGGCAGUGUCAGCAACACGAGCAGCGGCAGUAAUACCGGGAGCGGUAGCAGCAACAACACCACGGGAGGCUCGACUGCUGGAUCGAAAGGAGGAUCGAACACACACUCGCUGCACACGACGAGCUCGCGGAGCCCCGGCUCAGGCGCCGCGGCGAGCAUCAUCGCGCCGCCGCCCCGCGCACACCAUGCGCCCACGAGCUCAGCUGUGCCCGACGAGGGCGGCAGCUCCCGCGAGUCAGGGAAAGAUGCAAAGGAUAAGGAGUCCAGGUCAACGAAAGAUACCCCCAGCACAGGAAGCGCCGCCAACACCAGCAGCGGCAGCGGCAGUACGGCAUUGAUCAAAGACAAGGAUGCUCGUAUAGCAAAGCUCGAGCGCGAGCUCGAGAUAAUGGAACAAGAGUUCACGAGGGAGCUCGACAAGCUCUCCCAGGCCGAGAGCGAAACGGCGGUCUACUGGCAGGCGAAGCACAGCGAGCUGAACGAGCAGUUCCUGCGAGCCGACGCGGAUCUCAGGAUACUGAGGCAGGAGGCCGAGCACCGCGACGCGGACCGCGACGCCUUGCGACGAGAGGUCGGGGAGCUGAGGGCGCAGGUCAGGGGGUUGAAGGAGUUUGUGAGCACGAGCACGCGGACGAACGGGCAGACGUCCGACGAGGUCUUUUGCGAAGGCAUGAUGAGGCUGGGCAACGGCUUGCAGAACUGGAUCAUUGUCCACUUUCGGAGGGCGAAGCUAGAUGUUGCUGCCGCCAGCGAAGAGAUCCGCGACGAGCUGGGUCGUUUGGUGCCCAUGUACGCGGACCUGGAAACAUCGGCAAAGGUGCACAUGCUACAGUCCAUCGUGUCGCGGGUCCUCAUGGAUGUCAUCUUUGAGAACUGCUUCUUCGGGUUGCCCAAAGAGCAGGCGGACAAGUUUAGGGCGAUGGAGGAGACCUUGUCGAGCUACGUGGACGACGCGGAAGCACUCAACAGCUGGCGGUCCUCGACGCUGGCGCUUUUCCAGCGUGAGGCGGAGACGAAGAUGCAGGCAGAAACGGCGGCAUCGACAGACGGCGUCAUCGCCCGCGUGAACGGCAUCCUCGACGCCGUCACCGACGCCAAGGCCACCGAAGCCCGCGACACGGCCCUCCGGACCCUAGUCGGCAGCGCGGUGGACCUGUCGCGGCAGCUCGCGGUCCAAAAAGCCGUCUUCCGGAUCCACAUGCCCGACAUCGUCCCGGGCCAGGAGACCAAGUUCGACCCCGCAACCAUGGAGGACAUUGGCGGCGAGGAUGAGGAAGCUCUCGCGGGGCGCAACAUUUCCUGCGUCACCUUUCCCGGCGUCAUCAAGCGCGGGGACGAGAACGGCGGGCACAUGCAAUACCAGAAUAUCAUUGCCAAGGCUAGGGUACUUUGUAGUCCCGAAUGA